CAUGCACUUCUUAUUCCCAGCUUGGAUCCAUCGAACAUUUGUGAGAACACCCAACCCGCUCCUUUGCUGGUGAGAGGAGUUUGCCCUGCCGACAGGGAGGUAGAGGAGGCGAGGAGAUGGCAACAUCACUCACCAUGAUGGCUUCCUUCUUGGGCAGUGUCAGCAUUGGUGACCGGCCCUCAUCGAUCAACCAUCGCCGGAGCCUCGUCGUGACCAAUGCAGCCACCGAGGUCCAAUGCCAAGAGAUGGCAAAGCCGGCCGACAGCAACGGCCGCGACGACAAGGGAAGCAGUAGGAGAGCUGCGAUGCUUGCGGUUGCGGCCGCUGCAGUCUGUGCUAUUGGGAUCAGCAGCCAGGGGAUGGCAAUCGCUGGUGAGGAACCGAAGCGGGGAUCACCGGAGGCUAGGAAGUUCUAUGCUCCAGUGUGUGUGACCAUGCCGACCGCGAGGAUCUGCAACAAGUGAGGCUCUUAUUUUAUGCCUUUGGUUGAUUUGGGGGCAUGCAAGGGUCGAUUGUUUGUAGUAUAUGUAUAUCUUUAGUCAAUAUGAGCUCAGACUUUUUGAAACUUGUUAUUCUCUUAAAGGUGGCUCAGUAGGUUGUCAAUUGGACGUAGUAAUAUUUGCUAAUCUAUCAAGGCAAUCUUGGGAUUUUCUUUUUCUCUUUAAUAUAUAAAGUGGAUCUUGAAGUACAA